ACGGCCUACGCGAGCGCGGACCGUGUUGUUGUUAUUGUACGACUAUCGCGGUGGUGCCGCUUCCCGCAGUCGUUCUCGAAUUUCCAUCCGUUGCGUUUUUGCCAGUGGCGACGCGCCCCGUCCGCAUCGCAUUGUGUCUAUUGUUUAUUCGUUAUUAAAUUAUUAUUUGUAUCGUUUCCGCCGUCCACUGAAGACGGCCGAGACGACAUUUGUAUAUUUUUGCACGUAGGCAUUCACGAAACUAGCGCGCGUUUGUCGACGGAGAAUCUAUACGUAAAUAAUUAUAUUAUUAUAAACAUUAUUAUUAUUGGAUUAUUAUUAAUUGGGCGUCGUCGGCACUAUAAUAUAUUGUUAUAACACCGACUGCGUACCGUCGCCUAUCAAUUAUUGUUGUGACAUCGCUAUUGCUGUUCCGGCGAUAUUCUUUCUUUCGUCCCGAGUGCGACAGAGAAACGGAAGAAAAUACAUUGUUCGCCCGCAGUGCGGUACCGUAUAAUAAAUAUUGUACUAUAUUAAUAUCAUCACAGUAACAGUGCGUUCGUGCGUCGUUGUUCGGUUCCAUUCGAUUUCGCCAGCUUCUCGCGAGCACACCCGCUCGCAGAACCCACACGCCAGGCCGCGGCUCGUGCUGCCCAUACGUGCUGUGCGUGCGUGCGUGGCGGACGCCAUCCAGAUCGCGGGCCAGAGAUUUUGCCGCCGACGUCGCUACAAGAGACGGCGACGACGUUCGCCGCCGAUAGGUUGACAUUGCUCAUUAAGUAUUAUUUAAUGCAAAUCAUAAACAUGUACAAACCAAUUCGUCCAAGGAGAAACAGCUUACCAAGCAAUGUGCAUAGAAGUAAAACAAAAAAUGUACCUAAAGCAGAGUUCAGUCCAACUAAAAAUUCUAAAGUGAUUCAUGAAUCAAAGAAACCCAAAUCAAAAACGCCUAAUUGCGUUAAACAGCUAAAUUAUAAUGAAUCAAAUACAAUGAAUGUUAGGAAAUUUAUGGAUCAUAGUUUGUCAGACGGAGAUGAAAUAAUGGAUGAUAAAACAAAUUUUCAUAAAGUAGCUAAAACUAACCAAAUAAUAAAAGAUAGAAGACCUCAACUGUUAUGCUCACAGCCUAUUGACACUCCAACUAAAUAUCUACCAGAAGUGCCAUUAAAUCAUACUCCCCCAUCUUACGAAUCCCCACAUAAAUAUGGUCCUUACAAGAAAUUUAAAGAAGAUGAUUUAGAGCAAUUGGUUAUUGAAAAAUAUGCCCUGCUCAAACAACUUAUGAACAUCGAUGAACGAUGCAGCUCACCUUAUGGUGAUAACUUUUAUGCUGGUGCCAAAUUCAAUAAUUGUCCGUCUCCUGGAGAUUUGCCAUUGCCACCAAUGCAAUGGCUUAACUCUUGUCAAGCACAAGCAAAAUCCAUGCAAAAAUCACCUCUUAUCUUCAACAUAACUAUCUAAGAUAUUCUUCAAAAUUUACAUUUUGACAAAUGUUUUUUUUUUUAUUAUUAUUAUUAUUUGAUUUUACAUAAUAACGCUUAUUGUGAUUUUUUAUCACUAUAGUGUAUUCCCCUCCACCUUACUACCUAUAAAUUUAAAGUAUAAUUGUAUGUAACCCCCUUACCCUUAUUCAUGAUGAAGUUGUCUUUUAAAUAUUUUCAACAUUUUAGUUAAAUUUUAUAUAUUAUUAUGUGUUAAUAACUUUUAUUUUAUCUUAUAUUAUCAGUCUCUUUUUCUUAACUAAAUUUUUUAAACUUAAGUAUCAUAAUUAUUUAAAUGUAAAUGUUGUUUUUUAAUUAUUUAAUUUUUUUUUUUAUUGUUUUUGUGGCAAAACUCAUCAUGGACUGAUUGUUGCAUCAGUAUCUAGUCACUUGUUUAUGUGAACUACAAGUUAAUGCAAUACAAAUAUUAGUACAUAGAUAGUUAUGAAAAUUAUUAUUUUAAACUGCUAUAAUAUAAUUGAAUUGAAUUGCUGAUUGGUUGUAAUAUUUAUAAAAAUCAAAUCUAUGAUUAAUAAGACAAUUUUUAUAUAUAUACCUAGUUGUAUUAUCAAUCAAUAUGUUAUGUCAGCAAAACCCGCCCCACCCAAUAAUUACAUUUAAAAAAAAUUAUGUUAAGAAAAAAUUAUUCACUCGUAAUGUGAUAUUUGUGAUAAUAAUAAAAUCAGCGAUUCAAUUUUUAUUUUUGUCAGUAAUUGGUAAAAUUUGUAUUUGAAUUAAAAGCUAUGAAAUGAGGAGAAAAUAUAUUCAUACAUCAAUUCAAUCAGAUGUAUGAGGAACUUGUCAUCGUUCCUUUAAAAGUUACCUUUUUAUUUAAUAUUUAUUCAUAUUUUAAUUUAACUAUCAAUUUUCUAAAUAACGAACAUAAGCAAGCAAAAAAAAAGUUAAAAUAAAUGUUACUUCAAAUACACUUUUUACCCUUCUCUGAUAUUAUUUAAGUGCAAUUGUGAUACGGAACAAUAUUAUUUUUUUUAAGGUUUACUUACCAUAAUUAUAUUAAAUAUAGUAAGGUCUUAUAUGUGUUGUAUCUUGUGAAUGUUGUAACUUUUGAAAAGAUUAAAUUAAUGUAUAAUUGUUUAAUAGAUAGAUUGUUUAAAAAAAAUGCGAAUGAAUUUCAAUUACAUGUCAACCUCUCUUAAGUGUUAAAUUAGUAUUGUAGUUCUAUAUCACAGAUUAUUGUUUACUAAUUGUCUAUUAAAAACUAACUAUUCCACCGACUGUUUCAAGUAGAAUAGAUUUAGUGUAUUUAUGUGUUUUAGGGUUGGUAUGCAUUUCAUAUCAAAGAUCUUAAUACAAUCAAGAAUGUAAAUUGCUAUAAGUGAUGACUUUUAAAAAAAAAGAAUGUAAAACAGCAAUAUGUUUUUAUAUUGUUAAAAAUACGUGCAUUUGUCUAGUACUGUAUAAUAUGUUGUCACUUAUGCAAUAUGAAUUUUUGGCAUAGAUUUUUGCUAUACAUAAUAUUGACAUACAAAGUGUGAUUGAAAAAUGGGCACAAACUAUAUCUCAUUGAACUUCAUAUGUUGCGCAUUAGGCAUUAAUCAGUUAAGGUAGAUCGAUAACGAAUAAUUCUUCAAUUUAGUUUUAAGGAACACAGUAUGUGUCUGUUUUAGUGGCUAUCCUAUUAUUGUUGAUAUUAUACAUAUAAGGAAUGUGGCCAUUGGUGUGAUAUUACUGUGUUAUUUUUUUAUGAUAAAUUAUUUUAUUAUUGUUUAAAAAUAUAUGUUAAGAAUAUUAA